AUGGCCAGGCGCCCCCGGAGCAGCAGAGCGUGGCAUUUUGUCCUGAGUGCAGCCCACCGAGAUGCAGAUGCCCGGGCCAUGGCUCUGGCAGGGACCACUAACUGGGGCUAUGACUCUGAUGGGCAGCACAGUGACUCUGACUCUGACCCUGAGUACUCGUCCCUGCCAGCAUCCAUCCCCAGUGCUGUGCCUGUGACGGGUGAGUCCUUCUGCAACUGUGAUAAUCAGAGCGAGGCCUCCUUCUGCAGCAGCCUGCACACAGCCGCGCACCGGGGCAAGGACUGCCAGUGCGGGGAGGAAGAUGAGUAUUUUGAUUGGGUCUGGGAUGACUCGAAUAAGUCCUCAGCCACCCUGCUGAGCUGUGACAACCGGAAGGUCAACUUCCACGUGGAGUACAGCUGCGGCACAGCGGCCAUCCGAGGCACCAAGGAACUAGGGGAGGGGCAGCACUUCUGGGAGAUCAAGAUGACCUCGCCCGUCUACGGCACUGAUAUGAUGGUGGGCAUUGGGACGUCGGAUGUGGACCUGGACAAGUACCACCACACAUUCUGCAGCCUGCUCGGCAGGGAUGAGGACAGCUGGGGCCUCUCCUACACAGGGCUCCUCCACCACAAAGGUGACAAGACAAGCUUCUCCUCGCGGUUCGGCCAGGGCUCCAUCAUUGGCGUGCACCUGGACACCUGGCAUGGGACGUUGACCUUCUUCAAGAACAGGAAGUGCAUAGGUGUGGCAGCCACAAAGCUGCAGAACAGGAAGUUCUACCCAAUGGUGUGCUCCACUGCGGCCAAGAGCAGCAUGAAGGUCAUUCGCUCCUGUGCCAGCGCCACCUCCCUGCAGUAUCUGUGUUGCCACCGCCUGCGCCAGCUGCGACCCAACUCUGGGGACACGCUUGAGGGCCUGCCCCUGCCACCUGGCCUCAAGCAGGUGCUACAAAACAAGCUGGGCUGGGUCCUGAGCAUGAGCUGUGGCCACCACAAGUCUCCUGCGCCCUCUCCCAAGGCCACUGUCAGUCCCAACAGCCCAGAGACCCGGCGCUGCCAGAGAAAACGCUGCCGAAGGACCUAA